AUUUUUUUUUCACACCCAAAAACAGCAAGGCCCAGUAAAAUACCCGGCAAGCUCUACUGCUUCUCUGUCUUCGAUCAUUUUGCACAAAAAACGAAGCAGAGAUCAGUGAUCAGAAACUCAAAAACUGUGCUUUAAGCUCUCUCUAAAAUGCAACAAGGCGAUUACACCAGUUCCAAUCCCUAUUACCACUAUCCUCAGAACCCUAAUUUGGGCCAUAAUUCAGCUCCGAUCCCAAACCCCAUCCCAUCACCACCGUCAUACGCCUCUGCUCCGCCGUUCACCGCCACUUACACUCCCUCUUCAGAUUACUCUUCUUAUCCCUCUUCUUACCCUCCCCCUUAUCCCGAUUUACUUUCUGCUGCUCCAGCACCUCCCUUACAAUCGUACAACCCUCCACCACCACCACCGGCGCCGGCACUGCAACAGCCUCAGCCGUCCUCUCCAUUUCCUUCAUUUGAAUCUCAUGCUCAUUCGCAGCCUCAACAGCCUUAUUAUUCUUCAGCUAAUUCUCCGUAUCCUUCAAAUUACCCAACUCAAUAUGAUCAGAGUGGGCCCUACUUUGAGGAAUCUGGGGAUAAAUAUGUAAAUUAUGGUUCGGGCAGAGGAGGUGAAUUUGGGCAAGAUAUUUAUGGUGAUGGAGUAUUUGCUUAUAAAGGUAGUAAAUUAGAGCCAUAUGGGGCACGAGGGACUGCUCCAAAGUCAUCAACUUGGUCAAGUUUUGAUGAUUUUGGAAGGCCAAUUGGGUAUAAUUCUUCUCCAAAGGGCAAAUUAUCAGCUCCAGCUGCGAAGAUCGUGAAGGCAGUACCCAAGGUGGAUACACAGCAGGAUGUGAAAAGUGGAGUGCAGAAGUUUAGAGUAAAGUUAUUAGCCGAAAGUGGAGGACAGAGUACCCAGGAUGUUCUUUGCCAGAUUGGCUUGGAUGGAAUCCGCAUGUUGGACCCAAGCACUAGCCGGACGUUAAGAAUAUAUCCUCUUGACACGAUAACUAGAUGUGAUGUAACUGAUUCAUCUACCUUUGCCUUCUGGUCAAAAAGUGCGGUGGAUAUAGAACCAAGGCGUAUCAGACUGCAGUCAAACAGUUACACAACCAGUACUCUUUUAGAUACUGUGACGGCAGCAACUGUACAGUUCAAGGAGAUAGGUGGAAGAAUUAGGCCUUCUGAAUCUCCAAAGGUGUCUGAACAGCCUACUGAGAAGAAGAAAGGUUUAGUUGAUUGGAUUAAUAUAGUGAAGCCGGUCAAUGAGGAGAAAGAUCACUGGGUUCCUGAUGAAGCAGUUUCCAAGUGCACAGCUUGUGGAUCAGCGUUUAAUGCUUUUGUGCGCAAGCAUCAUUGUCGGAAUUGUGGAGAUAUUUUCUGUGACAAAUGCACUCAGGGACGAACUGCACUUACAGUUGAUGAGAAUACACCAGCUGUCAGAGUUUGUGACCGAUGUAUGGCUGAGGUUUCUCGUAGGUUGAGCAGUGGAAAGGAAGCUGCCAAUCGAUCAACUGGACUGCAAAGUCACGAGGACCUUGCCAAGAAGCUUCAGGAGGAGAUGGAGAGAAACCGCCGAGAAUCAUCCGGCUCAAGGUCAGAUCGUUCGGGGAGGAUGAAAGAGGUCGCUUGCCCUACUUGUACAGUGCAUUUGCAGGUUCAAGUUCCCAGCUCGGGUUCAGAGACUAUAGAGUGUGGGGUUUGCCAGCAUCCAUUCCUCGUUAGCUCGCACUGAUUUCUGAUGUUUUGUCAAUGGCUGGAUUGCGAAUUCUUUCCUGGUUUUGUUUGUUCUUACGUCGUGCAUACAUCUGUUAAUAGUUGGAUUUUUGUGACAUCUUUGGUUGAUCACUUGAUCCGUUUGUUCCAACUAGGCAAUUUGCUUGUUGAUCUGUACUAGCACGAAGAAAUCAGCAUACGUUCAUUUCAUAAAGAAAAUUUAAAGUAAUUUGAUUCUUUAA